AUGUCUGGCUCUAUGAUCCUAACCACUAGCCCCGCUCAGGGAAGCUCCUUCCCCCAAGCUAAGGUGACUUCAACCUUGACUUUGUCUGGACUGCUGGCCACGCAGCUUCAAGUUACUAGCAACCACCCUGGAAGCCAGGACGAUCUCCACGUCGGCGUUGAUGUACCGGCUUCAAAUACUCGGAUUAAGUCUAUGGGCCUUGAUAGUUUGCUCGAUGUUGAGCCCAAGACAGUCAACUUGAUCCUCGACCUGGCUGAGCCGCUCGAGCAACUCAAUGACGAGUUACGCAAGUUUGGAGCGUUUAUUGGUACGGAGUUACCGCCCCUUGCCAUUCGAGACAUCACCUGGAAGACGAUUUAUGUGGCUCAAGGCAUUGCUGUUGGCUGCGAGCCGGACGAAUUCGAGGUUUAUGAGAUCGAUGACAACGACGACGAUUGCCACGCGCUCUUGUCGCCUGACGCGACCUCCAGCAACUCGCGCUUUAACUCGGACGACUCAAAUGAAGCCACUAUCAACAGCUUGAGAACUAACGAUGAUCCUGUCGCUCUUUCCAUCGCUAAUUUGCCCUUACUGACCACUUAUGAGGAUUCGCACGGCACCCAGGAGCGGUUGGUCAUCUUUGCCAAUGAUUUUUUCGAGAUCCGACGAUCGCCUACUGCCGGCUGGGGUGCCUUUGCCAUCAAGACGCUCUACAAAGGUGACAGGAUCCUUGUCGAGAAGGCUCUGUAUCAUGCCGUCCACGAGAACGUCACAUCCUCAGUCCAAGAGCUCCCAGAUAAAGAGCGCGCGAUCGCGAACGACAUGUUUGCCUACCGCAGUCGCGACGGUGAGACACUCGAGGAAGCUAUCUGGAGCACCAACUCCUUUGUUUCCCGCCUUCCAAUGAAGCCUGAUGUGCACAGCGUUAACAAGGCUCGUUCAGGCCCUCUUCAAGACGUAGCCGGUCUCUUCCCAGUUGCAGGUCGCUUCAACCACUCCUGCUUCCCGAAAGUCAAGUUCCAGUUUCGACCCGAGCACGAGGCGCUAAUUUUCACCGUCCGUGACUGGAUCAUCGAGACGGGUGACGAGCUGACGAUUUCCUACGGCAAAGAUCCUUCCGUACUGUACUACAAGUACGGCUUCAGCUGCAAGUGUGGCCAUUGCAGAGGUUUUGAUGCAAUGAAAUCUGAAUGGUACUAG